AUGGACGACUUUUUGAGCGACUCUGCUGCUCUUUUUGGGGAAGCACCCGCUGAUGAUGGCACGAUCAACUACGGACCUCUCGUGCUCACCGUCGCUCAAAAGGAGGGAAAGGCGAAUACUCUUUUGGCAGACCACCUUUUCUCUCCCUCCCUGCUGUUAGCGGAACUCCUCGAGACAGGCGUCAUCUCGCUGAAAGACAAGUCAGUCAUCGAGCUCGGCGCCGGCUGCGCCCUCCCGUCCCUACUCGCCGCGACGCUUGCCCCGGCGGCCCCGGCCCUGGCCGUGGUCACCGACUACCCGGACGACACCAUCCUGCGGAACCUCCACGCCAAUGUCGCGCGCAACGCGCCACGCUUCGCUCCGAGCUGCAAGGUGCACGCCGUCGGUUACGAGUGGGGCACCGACGCCCGCCCCCUGCUCGCCGGCGCCGCGGGCUUCGACGUCGUGAUCAUGUCCGACCUGCUGCAUUUCGACCGGGCGCACGACGUGCUCGUGGGCUCGCUCGCCGCACUCCUCCGGAGGGCCCCGGACGCGCGCGCCUAUAUCGCGGCGGGCAAGUACACCCAGGCACACGUGUGCGACCACUUCGUACAGGAAGCGGAACAGGCGGGGUUUGUGUUGGAGGAUGGAGAGGUGGCGGGGCCGUGGUCGGGGCUGCUCGAGGUCUCCGGUGGGGGCCUGGACAGGGAGCAGCUCGGAGUCAGGAAGCACAUGUGUCGAUGGUGGACUGGUCGUUGGAACAUGUGA